AUGACUUGUACCAAGAACCUUGGAAGAGGCACAGCUGCAUUUAUGGCCCCAGAAGUAACAUUGCCAGACUUAGCCAAAUUACAUGAUAGUGGGUCCAUGGAUUUCCUGAAGAAAGUUGAUAUAUGGGCACUUGGACUUGUCUUCUAUAACUUGGUCAACCCAAGCCUAAACUCCCCAUACAAGUACGAUCUUGUUCAAAAUGGUGUGGACACAAAAGAUUACAGUUCAUUCAUAGAAGAAAUAUGCAGAAAAAGGAGCUCCCAACGCCAAUGCCACAAUUUAUGGAACUUCAAGUUACUGGGCCAUGGCAACGUGUACACAGUUCGUUUUUUAAUUGCGCAUCAUUCAAUCCAACCAAUAGACCUGAAGUUUCUGAAAUUCUCAACUUUCUUGAAAAUGGGUAAGGUUUGUCAUUAAUUGAAAUUAUUUGAAAGGACACAUAUCCGUAUUUCCAAGUUUUAACUGAAAUUUUCACUGAAAUUUUCGUUACUUUAGAUUAGAACAGGUACUGUUGCCUGCAAUUCGACUACAAAAUGAGCAAUAUGUUGUUUUUUCAUUUUAAUCGAUAAAUCUUUUUUAGCUUUUGACGUUUUGUAUUGUAUUUAUUUAUUUAUAUAUUUAUUACGCUUUAUUUAUUUAUUACGCUUAUUAAGCUCCCAAAUGCAAGUGUAGUUUUAGAAUAUCGAAAACUUGGUUGUUGGUGCAACAAUUUAAAUUUCGAUUUGUCACGUGUAGCAUCACAAUAAAUAGAUAAAUUGUAUCAGUUCCACGAUCGAGGCACGACAUUUCUGAUGUGUUAGGCUUGUUUCCAACGUCGCUGUACUCAUGUGCCGAAUGCAUUAAAGAUAAUAGAUAAUGAAAUGAAAUGCCUGUGCUAAAUGUUUUUCGUAGUGUAUAAGCCAUCAGCUUUACAGAACAGAAAGUCGUCAUACCCAAAUAAGAACUCUUGCAAUUCAACAUAUAAUAAACGAAUUACGAAGGGAGUGACAAGGAAUUGUUUAUCUCGUAAAAAAGUUGUUCUAAUCCACAUUUUUGAGUAACGUGCCUGCUCUAGCCUAUGCCUGCUCUUACAGCUCUAGGUUGUCGGCGGCCCUAUACAGUUCUUGCCGUGUCUUUUUCAAUUUGAAACUUUACAUUAUCCUUGGAUCCCUAUAGUUUGGUUAAUAGUGUGCGCUAAAGUUUGAUUUAAAAUCGAAUUUGAGAGCCGGUGUUUCCAUACAGUAAUUCGCAGUUACAUAAAUAAAUGGAAAUAUACAGGUAAUAAUUCCAUUCCUCACUUUAUAACCAAACUGUAUCUCUAUACCGAUUAAACCUUUUUUUAAUGUUUUUAAUUCCUAUUUUGGUUCAGGGAUAUUUCCGAAAACAGAAAAGGAACAGAAAACGAACAGCUGUUGAUAAAAGGCCAGUAUAUUUGCACGGUGAUAUUGGGUUGUUUAAGAAUAAUUAUAAGUAGCCCAGACUUAUAGUUACAAUCUUCAUUUUAAGUUAAUUUAUUUUUAACGGGAAGGUGCCGUGCGGCUAUGGCAUAUGUAUUUGAUAAGUCUUGUUCGCGCCUUUGCCAUUUGGCGUCUAAUCAUGCAAUAAUGUGUGAGCACUGAGCAUGGAAUAAUCAGCUUAUGUGACUAGUCGACUGGUCUGGUUUUCCGAACAAAAAAGGUCAUUUGUGACUUGUAUCCGUAAGGUGUGCAAAACCCAGUUGUUUUUUUUAGCUCCGGCUGAUUCUAAAAUCUCAUGCGCAGCUCCGGUUUUUGAAAUUGCCCCCUCCCCCCAGGAGAUUCGCCUCCACCCCUCUCAAAAGGGGGCGAUAUUCCUAGGAUAUAGCACCCCCCCCACAUAAAUUUUGAAUUUUUUAUCUAAAAACAAAACGAAUCCAAGUUGAAAGAUUUAUUGUGUGAUGUAUUUAUUUAUUACAAGUAGACAAGAUUACAUAUACAUUUUAGGCUUAUUAGCAGCUGGUAGUGUGCACAGUCGGCAUAACCACUCAUUUGAGGUACUUAUAGACUAGUGUCAUAUUCUACACAUCUAAAGUGGAACCAUUGCCCACAGAGAUCGCAUAAAAUCAUGUUGUCGUAUUCUUAUGGCAGUUUACAUUUACAUUAACAUAAUUUCAUACAUUUUCCGAUAACGACAAAACGUGGAUACAAAACAAUACCAAGUAGAGGACACUAAGAGACUGCAUACGUCCACCCCCAUUGAAUUUUGAUCAUGUGAAAUGCAACUAAGACAACAGAUAAUGAAGGCUGAAGCUUAAUGAAGUUUAUCAUCUCAUUGUCUUGAUGUCUUAGUACUGCGUGCAUACAUUAUACACGUCCUAAUUAUGCAUUCAGUGAGUUUUUUUUAAUUGACCGGGAAAAGCAAGACAAAAUUUUGUUAAUUUCUCGUUCAAUUUUUAACCAAAUUCAACCAAAUUUCAAUCAGUUCUUCCUUAGCCGAUGGGAAAUGCAUUCAAAAAAUUUUGUAUGAAUAUGUUUGGUAUUUCUUGAGUUAUCGUGCUCACAGACAAACACACACACACACCCAGAUGAUUACAUAGGGAGGUAAUAAUAAUUACAAUAACCACCAUGGUGAUUACUUUUUAACAAUUAGUUUAAGGAUUAUUACUGAAAAUGCAAAAUAUGCAUGGUGUGCUGUGGAGCGUCAUAGGUCCUAUUGAUCUACUGUAACUGUGUAAGCCAUUUCGAUAUACAUGCAAUUGUAAAUUUGUAUUCUUACAUGCAGGGCUUGAAAUAACGUUCCCAAAGUUCCCGAUCAUGGUGAUCGGCAGUCAUGAUUAUUUUCAGGUUGGCAACAGAAACCCUGCUUUUCCGCCGAGCAUAAGCAAUUCCUUGCCGAUCAUUGAUCGGUUGUUAUUUCAAGCUCUUCAAUUCUUAACAAUUUUGAAUUGAUACUGAUUUCAAAUGAUUAAAGCAAUGUAAUAAUUAUCCCAUGCAACUGUUACGGAAGGGUGAAAUUUUGAAUGGUGGACGAAAAUCAUAAAGAAAAGGUGGGCGAAUUUCCUAAGGAGAGGGGGGGGCGAAUUUCCUAAAGGAGGGAGAAAUUCCUAGGACUUUCGCCCCUCCCCCCUUGGGGGCGAAAUUGUGUGUGUGGGGAGGGGGGCAUAGAUAUCUUAUCUACACUAGAUUGUGCAUCUAAUUAUUCUGCAAUUCAAAAAUUGAAGCCGUGAUUGCAGUCUCAGGUCGUUCCCAUGAAAUGAGAAGAUUCGUAUGUUUUCUAUUUCUUAAACAUGGAACUUAAACAUUAAGUUAACCCUAUUCCAAAUACGUUUUUAAACUAUUCAAAUGAUGAAAGUUAUUGUUGUUUUUAAGCGUUUAUUAGCUAGUGGGAACGACCAACAUGGCCGCCAUCUAUUCAACCGCUGGAAUAUUCUUAGCUUCAAUUUUACUGAAAGAGAUUCGCUAUCUAGUGUAUGUAAGAUAUUUAUGGGGGCAAUAAUCCUGGGACACCAGUUCUUACGAAACACAGUAAAUAUAGUUUUUUAACCGGAUAUACAACGGACAGUCAACCCAAUAAACAAUAUAGAUUUUUACAUCUUUUAACACAGCUUACAAAAGCUUCAAGCAGAGAGUACGACAUAAUAUUAGAUAUUUUCGACAAAAUAUGUGCAGUUGUAGAGAAUGUUUUUUACACUUUCUUGUCAUGUGUACUUAGUAAUUAUUUUGACAUUUCAUUCAGAGCCGAAAUAACACAUGCCAACUCCGGCAUUGGCUUAACGAAAAGUGCCACUGGCUCCAGCGCCCUGUCCUUGUGGCUCGCUCUGAAAAUAUUUUUCAAUUUUCUAGACUAGAUUACAGUUUUAUUGUCUUUUAUGUAUUGUUAUAAUCAACAAAGUUUCUUCCAUUUUGUCAUGCACAGGAUUUGUUUCAUAUUAAAAAAACCCAGUCAUGUCAGUAUAUACAGUACUAUUGCAAAGUUUUUAAAUCCAUUUCUUUAGGAUCAAAUGUAAUGCGCCCGUCAGUUGUUGUUGCAAACAAUGAACUUGCAAAUUAUGCAUAUGACCUU